AUGUUCCGGACCAAACAGCUCAAAGAUCCUGUAGUGCUCGUCCGCGGCAAGCCGUACAGAAAGCGGGUCAUUUUAGCUGAUGCCAACAUACCAUACAAAUUGUCAGUAGACCGGUGCACAAAUAAUUUAUUCUUUUGUAUUAAUGCUGACGAGUUUUCAGACCAGAGCUUUCACUCAGCAGUACUGAACCUGGAGACGGAAGCGACCUCUAUUAUUCCCGGCAUCCGCAACGGGUUUGCCAGUGCCGUAGACCAGAACACCAGCUCUGUGUUCCUCGGCGGCAGCGACGGCAUCUACCUUUACAACUACACCAUCAAUGACGUCAUGAAACCUGCUCUUAUUAAUGGCAUUGACAUAUUUGACAUGUACUUCCACAAGGAACUUUACUUCGUCGAUACCGCUUCACAAAAUCUUUUCAUUUUAAAGGAUGGCAAGAAGAAUCUCAUUCCAGAAGCGAAAGGGUGUUUGAUACAUCAUUUCGCCAUCAGAAUGCCAAACAAGUCUAUUGUAACAAUUGUCGUGCAGAGAUCGCUGAUCGCUGUGGUGUGCUAUGCCGAAGCUGAAUUGAAGCUGAGCUGA